GUGUAAAGUCAGCCAAAGCUGCAGGCUCCAGGAUUACACUCCACUGGGCUAGAUCAGUUCAUUCUGACUCCACUGAGCUCAGCUACCCUGAGCAGAACAGCAGGCUGUAAAGAGGAACUCAACCUGUCUGCAGGUUUCAUGCCUUAAUGCAAGGCUGUUUUGAGCUAAUCUAGACUGGAUUUUUCCCCCUUCUCACUGAUAGCGUCAGGUAGUGCUGAUACACGGAAGCAAGCUGUACCUGCUCUCCAGGCACUGGGAAAGGCAGUGUUAGGGGCUGAUCUGCCUGGUGGGCUCUCAGUCCUCGCAGCCUUUUUUGCGGAUAAUUGGACACCUUUGGAGAAAAACCGAGCUCCAUCUGAACACGCCCUGACACAUCAGAUAUGGGGAAAAGGGGGGAAUUGACUUGGUGUGCUUCGUUGCAUUGAUCCACAUGCUGGAGGAUUCUGCUGAAGGACAUUUGAAGCUAGAAACACACUAUUAAAAAAAUCACCAUGAGCAGAAAAACGCGCCGUUGGAUUUUUCACAUCUUCCUCUGUUUGGGGAUUAUCUAUCUGAAAAUUGGGGGUUUCUCAUCUGUGGUGGCCCUGGGAGCGAGCAUCAUCUGCAAUAAAAUCCCCGGGCUGGCACCUCGACAGAGGACUAUCUGCCAGAGCAGACCUGAUGCCAUCAUAGUGAUUGGAGAAGGAGCUCAGAUGGGGAUCAAUGAGUGCCAGUUUCAGUUCAGAAACGGCCGCUGGAACUGCUCUGCGCUCGGGGAGAGAACUGUCUUUGGAAAAGAGCUGAAAGUGGGGAGUAAGGAGGCUGCUUUCACCUACGCCAUUAUCUCCGCUGGGGUUGCCCAUGCCAUCACAGCUGCCUGCACACAGGGUACGCUGAGUGGCUGCGGCUGCGAUAAGGAGAAACAGGGUUUCUAUAACCAGGAAGAAGGCUGGAAGUGGGGCGGCUGCUCAGCUGACAUCCGCUAUGGCCUGAGCUUUUCCAAGGUGUUUCUGGACGCUCGAGAAAUCAAGCAGAAUGCCAGGACUCUCAUGAACCUCCACAACAAUGAAGUAGGACGAAAGAUCUUGGAAAAGAACAUGCGUUUGGAAUGCAAGUGUCAUGGCGUCUCCGGCUCCUGCACCACCAAGACUUGCUGGAUGACCUUGCCCAAGUUUAGGCAGCUGGGCUACAUCCUCAAGGACAAGUACUUCCAGGCGGUUCAUGUGGAGCCUGUGCGAGCGAGCCGGAACAAGCGACCCACCUUUCUGAAGAUCAAAAAACCCUAUUCCUAUCGCAAGCCCAUGGACACCGAUUUGGUUUACAUUGAGAAGUCGCCCAACUAUUGCGAGGCAGACCCGGUAACUGGCAGCAUGGGUACACAAGGCAGGAUCUGCAACAAGACAGCCCAUCAAGCGAACAGCUGUGAUUUGAUGUGCUGUGGCCGGGGCUACAACACGCACCAAUACUCACGGGUUUGGCAGUGCAACUGCAAGUUCCUGUGGUGCUGCUACGUCAAAUGCAACACCUGCAGUGAGAGGACAGAGGUGUACACAUGCAAAUGAGAAUAUGUUUGUUGCUCAUGCAAGUGUUAUGUCUAGAGGGUCUGAGAAGGUCAGUGUCAAUACAUCAACAGGGUGCAUCCCAUUAGGGAGUUGGGCGAUGUAGAUCCAAGGCUUUUUAAAAAAAGGAGAACCAUUUGCACAAGUCAGUUCUUGGGUCUCCAUUGUUGGCCAGGUUCUUUUAAUAUCGCCUGGAGGAUUGCCAAAGCAAAUGUGGGCUAGGUGUCAAGCUUUGCUUCAGAGCUUGGUGGCAAUCUUUGGUCUAGGUACCAAUGGACACCUUGCGCAUUCAGGGCAAUGGAGCGAGGAAGUCCAGGAAAGGCUGUUCUGUGGACUGUGAAAAAGUUGUGGGUGGUGACCUUGGCCUGUCCUGCUCUACAGAUUGUGAGGAAAGCUUUCAUUAUGAGUUGUGAAUGAACAUCCUUGUCAUAUGUAUAUCAAAACUGGAUGUUUUGGAUGUUUUUUUUCUUCCGAUGGACAUUAAGAAAGCAUACUGUAUAUGGACGAUGAUGGUGAUAUUUAACUUUUUAUUUAGAGAGACAAAGGCUAAUAUUAAUUUAUUUAAUAAUAAAAACUACUGAUUUUUCUUUCUUCAUGUGAGUUAAGGUCCAUUUUCACCAUUGAAUAUUUUGUAAUUGUGGUUGAAGCAAAAAUGUAACCAUCUGAUCCCACACAUUUGUGCUUUUUGAUCAAUAAACUGGGUGUAGUUUUUAAAGUACACGGUGUAAACAAAACACAUUGUGCAUCAUAUUGUUGGUGCCGUUACUUGUGCUAAACGUUGUGAGGUGCCUUAAGUGUUUGCACCACAAAAUUCAGUUAUCCUCUCCAGCCUCUAUUGUGUUUGUCUUCCACCUCAGCUCCCAGCACAGUACAUAUAUAUUUAUGUAAUACAAUAUACACUGGAUACACUGGAUGUGCAUCUCUCUUGAAGGCUGACUCCUCCUAGAAUGAAUUAACGUCUUAUAUGCUAAAUGUGAACAAUGUAAACAGUGUGCAAAAAAUUGACUUUUAUUCAUAAUAAUACAUCAGUUAUGUUUGGACCUGAGUUGUAAGUAAUAGUGAGCUGAAUUCAUUUGAUAAACAGCCUGCAAGUAACCUUAAUUGACACAUAACCUUCUGCUUGCAAACUCACACGUGGCUCUACCUUGACCCAAAUCUGUCCAACUGGAAGAAAAGGCAAGGCAGCGGUUAAUUCAUUUUGGAACGAGGUAGCUUGCAAUCAGGAGAUGCCUCCACAUGCUACUGAUACCGAACGCUGAGGUCACUGAUACUGUUAUUGCUAUAUAAAUAUUAUACCUUUCUUUUUUGCUGCUAGUCGUCUGGUAAAUUCUAGGCUACAACUUGGAAACUGUAUAACGCCUGUUUGUUGAAACUAGUACUUUUGAACACCGUGGGCAAAUGUGGUAUCCUGGACGAGUUGUCCCUGUGCUGACACAGUUAACAGAAUAUAUUUUGCGAGAGAUUAUUUUUAUAUGAGUGUUUUAUUUAUUUGUGCUGUAAAAAAGUCCUGCUCCCCAAUUUCUUUUAACUUCCAUAGAUAGAAACAAAUAAUCUAAGCUAGAAACUGCAUGGGGUUGAUAAUGUUACGGUACCAGCUUGAUCCCUUGCUUGAUCAAGACACAAACUGAAAUGGACAACGAAUUAGUAAUAAUCAGUAAUAAUGGGAAAAUUAUUUUGUAGCUUUACUAUAGUCAUUUAACAAACAUGACCCUGUAUGUAGGGCUAAUAAGUGAAACUAAAAAUGGGACAAACACUGGUACUAAGAAAACAAAUAUGACAGUUAGUGAUUUUUAACCAAAGAACUGAAUCUGGAGGUGGCUCUUUCACUGACAUCCUUGGCUUUGGUCCUGUUUUUGAUAACGAACAAUGAAUUCAAGUGAUGUUUUGCUAAAUUGGUCAUUCUGCAUGCUUAUAUUGUCAUAACGAUUUAACAAAGUGCAUUGUGUUUUGAACAGUGUUAAUAAAAGUCACCUCAGCAGUUUGCA